CAUGUAGGCUCAAUUACCAGCACCCGCUUAGGGGCGGACACGAGAAAACGGGGGAAAUCGAGCCUAAACUUCAUGUUGCGUAGUAAGAAAACAAGAAAAUGAAUACUUUAUGUUCACCCCACAGCUGUAGCUUGCACAUGCGCAGAAAUAUGAAACGAGCGUUUGAUCCAGCGCUAUCUUCUCUCUUUGGAAAAGACAAGAAACCAGUCUGUCGCUCCUCCAGAGAGAUUGGACGAGCAGGAAUUGAAAGAUCUGAUAACUCGAGUAACAUACGAGUACAUACGAGCACAUACGAGUACAUACGAGUACAUACGAGUAAAAAUACGAGUACAUACCAGUAACAUACGAGUAACAUACGAGUACGUACGGGUAACAUAAGAGAACAUAAGAGUACAUACGAGUAACAUACGACUACAUGCGAGUAACAUACGAGUACAUACAGACACAUACGGUAAUAUACAGGUUAUAUACGAAAACCAUGACCCGCGCACAUGUAAAACUGAAAUAGAAAAAAUGGUACAUUUCAUGUUUACUACUCUCCUGCCAUCGUAUGUUGCUCCUAUGUAUUCGUAUGUAACCAGUGUAUUCGUAUACAGCCUGUAUAUUACCGUAUGUGUCUGUAUGUACUCGUAUGUAGUCGUAUAUACUCGUAUGUUUUCCACUUAGACCCCGUGUUUUCCACCAGACCGCGUGUUUUCCACCAGACCCCGUGUUUUCCACCAGACUACGUGUUUUCCACACCCCGGGACCCCGGCUCCACGUUUUCCAUCUAGCCCUAUUGGCCGGUAGGGCGGUACUCACUGGUCAGAUUCUUGGAGCGUCUGUGAUUUAAUUUGAUCAAAAAGCUUUUAGUGGCCUAACAUUCGGGAAAGUCGCUCUAAAUCAGUUUGUAUGCCUAUUAGAAGGUCGUUUGCGUCUACUAGCAUUUCUUUUCAACAACAGUUAAAUUUCCUUAUGUUAUGUACGUCAAGGGUAACCUGCGGGGUAGCUGGAGGGCUCAAAGACCUCAGAGGCCCUGCAGGCUAAAGAGGAUCGUAGUUCGGACGGAUUGUAGCCCGAGUAACGUGCUUUCCUUACGCUUCGAUCAAACUGUAGCCUGCAGAACAGGCGGGUUUGCGGGACCGCUAAUCCGCCUGUUCUGCAGCAGGCUAAUCAACCUGUUCCCCUCAUCCCCAAUCUUCCCGGUUCGCCACAGCGGUCGAAACACGGGAGAUAAUUGUCAGUAUUGAAAAACAUGUGCAGUCCGCGUUUGAAAGAUUAAUGUGACAGCGCCCUUGCCAAUACAUGACGUGACCGACAUUGGACUGCUAUCAUAUUUUGGGAAGUCAGGAUUUUGCAUAGCUUGCCUUUUUUGGAAGGAACUAUCAAUUGACGGUUUUCGGGCAAAUUUGGACGACAGCUUGUGUUUUGCCCUUUGUCCAAACGCCUAAUUUCUGGUGUUUGGACCUCCAAUUCACAGCCUGCUGGUGAUGAAUCCUUUCCCUGGAAAACAGAUUGUAGAUGCCCAUAUUCAUUUAUUGGAACCAGACAAGUUUUUCUAUCCCUGGCCUACUCCAGACCUGACUGCCAUUUAUAGGCCUUUCAAAUUCAGUGACCUUGAAAGUGCCAUAAACCCUACUCCCACAAGGAAGGUGGUGUUUAUACAAGCAAACCAGACCUAUGAAGAGACAGACUGGAUAUUGGAACUGGCCAAUCAAAACUCAACAAUUAUUGGUGUCAUUGGUUGGGUUGAUCUUACAGAUCCAAAGGUGGAUGUCAUCCUGGACAGGUACAUGAAGUAUCCAAAAUUUAGAGGGGUGAGGAAUUUUUUGGAAACAGAAGCGGAUGAUUGGUUAAACCAAGAGUCAGUUCACAGAGGUUUAGGAUUUCUUCAAGAAAGAGGACUCACAUAUGAUUUACUUGUACAAGCAAGGCAUCUUAAACUGGCUAGUGAUGUUGUGAAGAAAUUUCCAAAUUUGAAGUUUGUGGUUGACCAUGCUGGAAAACCUGAAAUAAAGAAAGGAAUGGUGGAUGACUGGAGAAGUGGAAUGAAAUUGUUGGCUCAAAAUCAAAACGUGUAUUGCAAAAUCUCGGGAUUUGUGACGGAAGCGUCCCGCGAAAUGUGGAAACGUGAAGAUUUAGCCCCUUAUGUGCAGCACGUGACUUCCGUAUUUGGAGCAGACCGCUGUAUGUUUGGCUCUGAUUGGCCAGUUUGCACCCUGGCAAGAGAUGGCUCUUAUGAGCAAAUCUUUUGCGCUUACUUCCAGUGCGUUUCACAUCUCUCAGAAACGGAGAAGGAAGCGGUUUUCUGUGACAACGCCGUGAAAUUUUAUGGACUUAACUGACGAAUGAAUAAUAACUAGUUCUAGUUAGAGAUUUAUUACCACUGCCUUGGGAUAUAGUGCAAAUUUCUAAACCUAUUUCACAAAAAGGGUCAUUAUAGGAAAGUAUUUGCGCUAUAGUUCACAGAUAUAGAUGAUAUAUGAGAGAUAAUUGAUAGGUACAGAUUUUAAUGUAGCAAAUAUUUUUAUCUUUUUCAUAAUUGUACGUAGUUAUUUUAUCCAUUUAAUUGUGUAUUAUGCACGGCUUUACUAUCAACCUUUUCCAUGAAUAUUUUUAGCUGCCGUGGAUAAAUAACUGACUAACUAACUAAAUAAAUAAAUAUUAAAUAAAUAAGAACAGAUAAAGCUACAUUGGUCACCUCUCUUCCACACGGUGUAAACGGCAUGUGCUGAGUGGUGGUAGAAAGAAAAAAAGCGUCUGUCGCACAUUUGCGCGCUUCACUAAUUUUCACCCCUUACUCUGUGCGGAUUAAAGAUUUGAUUUUACGGCUCGUAGCAGGUGCAAACUAUAAUUCCAUUCCACAAAUCAUGCGGAAGCGGACUGGUGAUAGCGUCCUACGCAGACGGUCUUUUUUGGGGGUUUGUCACGCAAUCUUCCUCCGUCACGAACGCCUGCUCAUACACAGGGCUAUUCACGUAGCCCAAUCACAGCGCACUUCCCGAUCAAGACAACGAACUUUGGACCCGGAGACAUUUUGCAAGGGACUUCAGCGGAUACGAGCUUUGCCUUUCAACGACUGUUUGAAGGAAGAUUGCGUGACUAGCCCAAAGAGGCUAGGCCUGUCCUUUUGGUAAUGUUGCAGUCAGGUAAAACUAUUAUUAGGAAGUGAUAGAGGUUAUUUUUUUCAUUAAAAGUCAAUUUAGAUGUAACGACUUACAUUUACUGCUCCAUUGGAUUGUUUCGUGUAUCAACCAAUCAAAUGCGAGAAGAUAGCACGUGUGAGUUGAGAAAAAGAUCCUUCAGCCUGAACAACAAAUUUGAUGCUCAAUACUAAAUGCGUCAUUUUCUGUGGUAAUCCAUUAAAAAUCUUCCGUAAAACUA